AUGCCUAUGGCAAGCAAGAGAAAACGCCUCGACUCGACAAUGGUCGUUAUCGAUCGUAGUCAAGCUAAAUACUUGAUUCCGCGUCCCUUCCUGCCAACAGAGGUCACAGAGUUGAUCUUCUCUUUCUGUGAUACGGAAACGCUCAAGCAGGUACGAUGCUGUUGUUCGACAUGGGCAUACGGCAAGGUCGGCUGCUCGCUUUUCGAUAGUGAAAUAACCUUGAUUGCUCACCUGUAUUUCCUGGAGCGUUUCCUGUACGUCUUCAGAUCUUCCCCACUCAUGUCAUGCAUACGGUCACUCUACAUUGAUCUCCGCUGGUCCUCACAGUUCGGAAUGCUAGAAGACUGGUGCACGAGAGAAGGAAAAGCAUUUGUUGGCGACCUUCGUGCUCGGCCAGAUAGCACUUACACAUUAAGGGAUCUGGUGCAAUUAUAUCCGGACUCACUAUACGUCCAGGUAUUCCGUCCCCGCGACAGCAUGGCUGGCACAAGAGGUGAUAUGGAGCAACUUAGAUCAGUCGAAUCCAGAACGGACCACCUUAAUUCUGUCCAAUCUGCAGCCUUCGGUGCUGUGCUCGGUCUAUGCUCUUCACUCCGGGUUCUGAAGAUCAACUUUGGCACCGACCCUGGAUGUAUGCCAAUCCUACCAGCUUUCGUUGCACUAAUGAAGACUUUGGGAGUCCGAGAACGAGGCGAAAUAUCUUCAGGCGGCAGACCUGCCCUCGAGAGGGGUCUCUUACGAUCGAUUGUGCCUGCCUUGGGAUUUGUCAUGCCGUCUCUGACGGAACUCUCGCUGCUUGACUUCAUCCCCUACCUGUUGUACCAAGACGGCGAUGCGGAUGAGUCCGUGGGCCCGAUCGAUUUCGUGCAACCUCGAAUGUUGCUUGGCCGCGUCCUUGGAGGCCUCUCUCACCUAGACCUGCGUCUCAGUCGCUACGCCCAGGACACGAGAUGGCAAAAGGCAAAAGCGGUCGUCGAUUUUCUGCAACAACAACGACUACCCAAGCUUCGAUCUUUGAGGUUGCAUAGCGACAUCGGACUUGCCUGCAACCAUCCGACACCUCCUUUGUUGGAAGAUAUUCUUGGGCGCCACUGUCGUAACCUCCAAUCUCUGACUAUCAGAAAUGGGAAGUUGGGGCUCAUACGUCCUCCUAGCGAGGACGAUUGGGAUCCCAGUGGUACCUGCUGGCCCGCCAUGUUGAGGAGGUUGAACCCGCGGCUCUCCCUGACGGAGCUGGAAUUUGGGGGCUAUUUGGGCAAUGCAUACCAAGCAGAUUUCCACGUUGCUGAUGGCGACAAGCACGGAGACGACUGCCUAAAGGCACGCGUCAUCAGAUGGUUCCUUGACCCUCGCAUACCCGCGAACCCCUCUCCCUUGGACAUGUUCGAGAUACACAAAUUUGAAGGCGAUGUGGAUGAUGAGGAGGCAUGCAUUGCAGCGACAGACGAUUCCUGGUCCUUGGACUGCCCCGUGCGAGGUCCAUACCGCGAAACAACGGCAGCGUAAUCUCAUGGUCCAACGGCUUGACAAGCGCACCUUUGACGUAUGAUACUACUGUGAGGCGGUUUUGAAUCACCGAAGAGCAAGGAAGGGUGCCCGCGACGAUCAGGUUAUGUCAGGACCAACCCGUCGAGCAUACAGCGUCACAAUGUGUGUCAUCUUGUCGACACCGAUCUCGACAUUCUUGGUUUGCUCGGUGCAGUUGUUGAUUCCACGCGAAGCGCUCGUUGUUCUGGAUGAAGCAACCUGACCAGCAUUGCCAUGACCAUAGCCUGGCCUGAUCGUCCCUCGGAUCCGGUGCAUAGUCACGGUGGGAUUAUUAGGAACGACCCGUCAAAUCGGGCACGCUGGUCACCAGCUACGAUCGACAAGAAAUGAGCACGAUGAGAUUAUUGGUUAUUACCACGCAGACAAGGCACGCCAGUCACAAGU